CACGUGAACUGAAGGGAUAAGCGCCCGCCGAACAGUUCUUUCAAAUUCCAAGUUCUUUCUCUUAAGAUUGUCAUGUCACUCAUUAGCGACACAUCCUUCUUAAUCCAUAGCCUUCGUCUUUCCUAUUUGCGCGAUAUAGAUGAUCCAUACGGUGCCAGAAUUAUAUCCCUUGACCCGUCUCACAGCUCCAACCCAUACAUUUAUACUGCUGGCCUUGCAGAUGAUGAGCGAUGGCCAGAACUUGAUUUUCCUUCCAGCCCUACCAUUAGUGAAGAUGAAAGUGAACGACCUCUUGGGUAUCCUGGAGCUCGUUUGAAACAUACACAAACCAUAAUGGGGCGUAGAUCUGGGGGACUAGGUCUCAGAGUCAAUGCAAAACGGGCUUCGGUGUCGAAAAGGUUGAGCAAGUCCUCAGAGGUUCAGAACUUCAUCCCAGAGAAUGCCCCUGUCCAACAAGACUCAGUUCUAAAUACAACUUCUAGUGCCCCCGUCACGACAACAGUAUUAGACACGGAUAUCAGCAAGCCUUCUGCAGACCAGCCAUCCAGUUCGUUGCAUCCAGACUCAACCAAACUGAACGUGACCGUUGUCGAACCAACCGUGGUGGCAGAAGCGCCAGUGCAGAAAGUCGUACAAUUCAUCCCCAAAUUCAAAGGUGCAGCCGAAAUGGAGGCCCGAAGACGGAUACGAAUGGCUGGAAUGGCGGCUAGAAGAGGUUUCACGAACGGAGAACCUGCCCCCUCUGUUGAACCUGUGAGGCCGGAUCCCACCCUUGAUGACACAUCCUCUGAGGAAGAUGUCGUUCACAUCGCGGAUGAUGAUUCGCCGGAUUCUGAUUUCGACCAGGUGGACAAUGAUAGUAUGGAUGACGGCGACGAAUUCGAUCCUGACUUUGCUGCUACUCGCCCAGUGAAUUCCGACAGUGCCUCAGAUAUAUCCAAUUCUCUACCAUCUAUCAACUCUUCUGUUCCUUUGGCGACAUCUGCUCGGCCAAGGCUCAGCCCUGUCUCUGAAGGUGGCGACACCUCAGAAGCUCCUGCUCGAUCCGCUACAACAGAUACCGAAGCCGCGGUUACGAGUAAAGUUCCCACUGUUUCCAAUCCUAUCCGCCGCCCAAAUGCUGUUCCAUUUUCUAAAAUCCCUUCACACACAACAUCCUCUGGCUCCCUUUCACAGCAUUCCUCCAGUAAUCAUAAUCUGAUAUCGUUUUCGCGAAAACCAGUUACACCGAUACGGCCGUUUCCAUCGGCCCUCACUGCUAUGCUCGGCGCAACGAGUAACACAUCCAACCCUUUCGCUGAAUUGUACGCGGCCAUAUCUGGCAGAGGUGAAGCAGCCGCGACCAACGUGUCUGUGUUCUUCCCUCACGCUCGCGAGCCAAGAGGGAAGGCAAUGGAGCUCAAUGUGAGAAAGGAUGCAACUGUCGAAGAGGUCAUUGGCUUUGCACUGUGGAAUUACUGGGAGGAAGCGUGGUUGCCCAAGCUUGAUCAAGGUAUUCCAGAAGGUGAAGAGGGGCAACAGGCCAGAGAAACACGACUUUCUGCUAUAGGAUGGGUCUUGAGACUUACCGAGGAUGACGGCGAGGUCGACGACGACUUUCCUCCGCCCGAUCGAACUGGAAAAAUUAUCAAAUUCAAUGCCGAUGGCUUUGCUGUCAUCGAAGCCACGCCUGCCCAAGUUGGACAAAAUCAGAUUCUUGAGAGUAAGAUUCAACGAAGGCCAUCCCGAACAAGUGGUGCUCGGAGGCCCGAUCUUGGCAAACCACCUGCUCUUGCACUACCCCCCUACUCCGGAGCUCCAAGCUCCAGCGCAAUCUUCAGCUCUUCCCUUGCUAACGGAUCCGUCCCGCUCUCGACAAGCCUUGGCCCUAUCUCCAGUCAUGGUCCACAGAUGUUCCUCCGGGUCAGAAUCGCCGAUAACGCAGAUGCUGUCCAUGUUUCUACAACGAUUCCCGUGUCUUCCGGAAUGUAUAUGCAGGAAGUUCUGGAACUCGUAUGUCGCAAACGCAAGAUCGCAAACUCAGGCGACUUUGCGUUGUUGUUGGCGGAUCUCCGGUUGUUCAUACCUUUGGACCGAACAGUGGCCAGUUUACAAGGCACACGUGAGCUUUUACUAGUGAAGAAGAGCAUGCUUCCCCAAAUGGGUGUCGACGUGAUGAAAGCAGGUCGGACAACAGAUCCUAACGCUUCAAUUUUCAAGAGAAUGUCGGACAGUCCGGAGGUUAAGCUAUCGUCGACGUUGGACUUUACUGCUGCAUACAAGAAAUACACCAUCUAUCGGAAACUACCCAUGCUUGUCGCCCGCCAGGAGAAGACCUUGGCCAUAGAUGGACAAUAUGUUCACAUAAUGCCAUCGACGAACAAGGCAGCCAAAGCCGUAUUCGAUAGCGGUCGCACGAUAUCUUAUCAUAUCAAGACCAUCGUUGAUUGCCAACAGUCAUCGAAAACGCCGCUUAACUUCAAACUUGUAUACAGCCGCGCAGGGGGUGAUAAACGAUACUUAUUCGAGGCAGAAACACCCAAGUUGGCAAAUGAAAUUGUACAAACCGUUAAGUCCUUGAAGGCUGCUCUUGAACGCUCGAGCACCGUGAGCAAGUCUAGACGUAGUAGACACGUCGGUGAACACCGUAGCUUACGCUAGGCUGGUACUCGUGCAUUGAAAUCCUAUAUUAUAAAACUAAAAAUGACUGGGGGAUAUCGAUAAGGCCGCAAGUGGCAAAACCUUUGAAAUUAUAGUUUCAGUAAACAAAUUUGUAACAAUACGUUGCUGUACAUAGUUAGUACAUAGUGGUAUGUGCAAAGUGCUGACAGAU